AUGUCUGAAGAUACUGUUCCAAUCCAUCCUGUUGCUCCCCGCCUCAAGGCUGGCAUAAAAGUUCCUCACAUCGGUCCCGAUCUUGCAGCAUACAAGUCUUCUCAUGCGCAAACUCUCGGCCACGAGUCCGAUGCUUGGUGGAGAAAGAUGGCCCAUGAUACGUUGCACUGGGACCGUCCAUUCAAGACUGUGCGUGCCGGUGGUUUUGAAACCGGUGAUAUCGUCUGGUUCCCAGAGGGUGGUCUCAAUGCAUCUUACAACUGUGUCGAUCGCUGGGCGUUUAAACACCCAAACAAAACCGCCAUUAUCUACGAGGCAGAUGAGCCCGAAGAUGGUCGCCUCGUCACUUAUGCGGAGCUGCUCCGCGAAGUCUGCUCUAUUGCAAACGUCCUGAAAGCUCUUGGUGUUAAGAAGGGCGAUACCGUUUCUGUAUAUCUACCAAUGACCUGGCAAUCCGUUGCUGCUUUCCUCGCUUGCGCGCGGAUUGGUGCCGUUCACUCUGUAGUCUUCGCUGGCUUUAGCGCAGAAUCUCUCCGUGACCGUGUUCAAGAUUGCAAGUCGCGUGUUGUCCUUACCAGUGACGAGGGCAGGCGUGGCGGCAAGUCAAUCGCAACCAAAGCAAUUGUUGACGCUGCUCUCAAGGAAUGCCCUGGCGUUGAACAUGUCCUUGUUCUCAGGCGCACCGGCGGCCAGGUGCCGUGGGUCGAUGGCAGAGACAAGUGGUGGCACGAGGAAACUGCCAAAGUCCCUAAUUACUGCCCACCUGAGGUCAUGUCCUCAGAAGACCCGCUCUUCAUUCUCUACACUUCUGGAUCCACGGGAAAACCCAAGGGUGUCGUUCAUACCACCGGCGGAUACCUCCUUUGCGCCGCCCUUACUGUAAAAUACGUUUUCGAUGUCCACCCAGAUGACAAGUUCGCCUGCAUGGCUGAUAUCGGUUGGAUUACUGGACAUACCUACAUUGUUUAUGGACCACUCGCAAAUGGAGUCAGCACUACCGUUUUUGAAUCAACUCCAGUUUACCCCACACCAUCCCGCUACUGGCAGACCGUCCAGAAGCACCAGCUUACCCAGUUCUAUUCUGCUCCUACUGCCAUUCGCCUCCUUCGCAGACUCGGCGCUCAGCACGUGGAGAACCACGAUCUCAGCAGCUUGCGUGUCCUUGGCUCUGUCGGUGAACCUAUUAACCCCGAAGCCUGGAACUGGUACAACGAACAUGUCGGCAAGAAGCAGUGCGCUAUCGUUGACACGUUCUGGCAAACUGAGACUGGAUCGAUCGUCGUCACCCCAUUCCCUGGUGCGAUUGAGACUAAGCCUGGUUCUGCAACUGUUCCCUUCUUCGGUAUCGAAACUGCUAUCCUGGACCCUGUUAGUGGAAAGGAAUUGGAAGGAAACAAUGUCGAAGGAGUUCUCGUGAUCAAGCAACCUUGGCCUUCAAUUGCCCGCUCUGUAUACAACGACCACAACCGUUACCUGGAGACGUACAUGAAGCCAUACGCUGGAGUUUUCUACACGGGAGAUGGUGCCGCACGCGAUGAACACGGUUACAUUUGGAUCAAGGGUCGUAUUGAUGAUGUUAUCAAUGUCUCUGGACACCGUUUGUCAACUGCUGAGAUCGAGUCCGCCUUGAUUAUGCACAAGGGUGUUGCCGAGACUGCAGUCAUCGGUACUGCUGACGAGUUGACGGGACAGGCUGUAUUUGCCUUCGUCACACUUAAACCGGAAUUCACGUACGACCACAAUGACGAGGCUUCCCUGGCUAAGGAGCUCGUACUCCAAGUGAGGAAGGUGAUUGGCCCCUUCGCGGCACCUAAAAAGAUCUUCAUCGUCAGUGAUCUGCCCAAGACCCGCUCCGGAAAGAUCAUGCGUCGCAUCAUGCGCAAGAUCGUCGCUGGCGAAGGUGAUCAGCUCGGUGAUCUCAGCACUGUCGCUGAGCCUGGUGUGGUUGAUGUCAUCAAGAAGAAGGUUGCGGAGAGUACGUAA